AUGAAGCGAAAAUUAUGUGUGACAUCGCCUUUCAUCUGUGAAGACGACAUGGAGGAGCUGAAUGUGGCAGCCCUGUCGCAACGUAAAGAGUCAGUGGCCCCCCUUACGGGAGAAAGGGAUGGAGCGGUUUACCGACGUGGCUUUUUUUACCCACUGGCUAUAGUACUGAGACUUCGAGUGUUGCAGAUAGUCUGUGGGAUAUCAGCCAUGGUGAUGGGCAGCGUAGCUUUCAUAGAGGAACGUCAGAAGUUUAACAUGGGACUUGGAAUUCCAGCUGGUUGCGUUAGCGUUGUCGCUGCGGCUGUAUCAAUACACACUUCGAGAGGUUGGAGCACGAUGAAUGCUACAGUUGUAGGGGCAGGUGCUGCUAGUGUUCUUUGGGCGGCUGCGGGUGUUUUAUUACUCGCCCUGAUGGUACAAUGCUGCAGAACAAUUUUGGAUCCACCGGGUUUCGAUUAUAGCGACGGACCACCCGACGAGGACUCAAAGCCGUCAUCACGGGACCUGGUCGUCAUCGCGUGUGUGCAGAUCGCCUUAGCUGUCGUGACCUUACUGAGCGCGGCGGUCUGCGUGAGGAUCGACUGGGCCGCC